UCCAUCCCCAUCCCCUUAACACAAAUAUAAUCACAGAUCUGCUGCUGCAGCAGCAUUGCUCCUAGUUUAUAUCUUUUCAUAGUUGCCCAUUUCACUUUUGGAUCUCUCAAUAAAACGAAUUAGAUCUACAAUAUACACUCCCAAAUUGAAAUCCAAAAAUGGACAACGGAGAUCUAGAAGGUGGCGGCGGAGACUUGCCCUUUCAUGGAAAAGGCGGCCGCAGAUAUAGCCCGGUGGGACCUCACGAUCGCGCGGUUCUCGAGAUGUCCUCCAUGGAUCCUGGAUCUUCCUCCUCCGACCCCAAAUCUUCUGUCAAGAAAAAUAAUGUAGGAACGCUAGGGAACUUGGAUUCAGAUGGAAUUGAAGGUUCGAAUCCGGAAAAUGGUGGAGCCAAUGGUCUCUACCGUGAAAAUAAAUUGGAAUUGUUUGGUUUUGAAUCUCUUGUGAGUAUUCUUGGUCUCAAAAGUAUGACAGGAGAGCAAAUUCCUGCAGUCUCCAGCCCUAGAGAUGGUGGAGAUGUUUCCAUUACCAGCGGUCAACCAAAGCCUUCUGAUGUGAAAAUGGGUACAAUGAUGGGGGUCUUUGUCCCAUGCCUGCAAAGUAUUUUGGGUAUUAUCUACUAUAUCCGUUUUUCUUGGAUUGUUGGCAUGGGCGGCAUUGGCGAGUCACUUCUGCUGGUAUCACUUUGUGGUCUGUGUACUUUCUUGACAGGAAUAUCAUUGAGUGCUAUUGCAACCAAUGGUGCUAUGAAGGGUGGUGGUCCAUAUUAUCUCAUUGGUCGUGCCCUUGGUCCUGAGGUUGGAGUUAGCAUUGGAUUAUGUUUCUUUCUUGGCAAUGCAGUUGCGGGAGCUCUUUAUGUUUUGGGAGCUGUAGAAACCUUUCUAAAAGCUCUUCCUUCUGCUGGAAUUUUUACCGAGACCACUACAAAGGUCAAUGGCACGGUGUCGGAACCUAUACAAAUUAUAAGUACACAUGACUUGCAAAUUUAUGGGAUUGUUGUGACUAUUAUACUUUGCUUUAUUGUGUUUGGUGGGGUGAAAAUGAUCAACACGGUUGCCCCUGCUUUCCUUAUACCCGUUUUAUUCUCAAUAUUUUGCAUAUUCAUCGGGAUUUUUACGGCAAGAAAGGAUGAUCCUGCAUCUGGAGUUACGGGCUUGACUUUAGAAAGCUUUAAAGAUAACUGGAGUUCAGAUUAUCAGAAUACAAACAAUGCUGGUAUCCCUGAUGCUGAAGGAGAUGUGCACUGGAACUUCCAUGCUUUGGUCGGUCUCUUUUUUCCAGCUGUAACAGGAAUCAUGGCUGGUUCAAAUCGAUCUGCCUCACUUAAAGACACCCAGCGUUCUAUCCCGAUUGGCACGUUGGCUGCCACACUUGCCACUACUGGUCUAUAUUUAGUUUCUGUCUUACUUUUUGGAGCUGUUGCCACCAGAGACAAGCUUUUGACUGACAGGCUACUUACGGCUACAGUUGCUUGGCCUUUUCCGGCUAUCAUUCAUAUUGGAAUUAUUCUUUCAACUUUAGGUGCAGCACUUCAAAGCUUGACUGGUGCCCCUCGCCUCCUUGCAGCAAUAAGCAACGAUGAUAUUCUUCCUGUUCUCAAUUACUUCAAAGUUGGAGACGGGAGUGAGCCUUAUUUGGCUACCCUCUUUACUGCCUUUAUCUGUAUGGGUUGUGUGAUUAUUGGGAAUUUGGAUCUUAUCACACCAACUGUAACCAUGUUUUUCCUUCUGUGCUACUCUGGCGUGAACUUGUCCUGUUUCCUUCUGGACCUUCUAGAUGCUCCUAGUUGGCGUCCUCGAUGGAAAUUUCACCACUGGAGCUUCUCUCUCCUUGGAGCAUCACUUUGUAUUGUGAUUAUGUUCUUGAUCUCAUGGUCAUUCACUGUAGUGUCUCUGGCCCUUGCCAGCCUCAUAUAUUAUUAUGUGAGCAUUAAAGGAAAAGCUGGGGACUGGGGAGAUGGUUUCAAAAGUGCUUAUUUUCAACUAGCCCUUCGCAGUCUUAGAUCUCUGGGAGCUAACCAAGUUCAUCCAAAGAAUUGGUAUCCCAUUCCUCUUGUAUUCUGCCGGCCUUGGGGUAUGCUGCCGGAGAAUGUACCUUGUCAUCCAAAACUUGCCGACUUUGCCAACUGCAUGAAGAAGAAAGGCCGUGGAAUGUCCAUAUUUAUCAAUAUACUAGAUGGGGACUAUCAUGACCGUGCUGAAGAUGCCAAGGCUGCCUGCAAGCAACUUGAUACCUACAUUAAUUACAAGAACUGUGAAGGUGUUGCAGAAAUAGUUGUGGCGCCUAAUAUGACCGAAGGCUUCCGUGGAAUUGUGCAGACCAUGGGUCUCGGCAACCUUAAGCCCAAUAUUGUAGUGAUGCGAUAUCCAGAAAUAUGGCGUCGUGAGAACCUACAAGAAAUCCCAUCCAUAUUUGUUGGUAUAAUCAAUGACUGUAUUGUUGCAAACAAGGCAGUUGUCAUUGUCAAGGGCCUUGACGAAUGGCCCAAUGAGUAUCAAAGGCAAUAUGGUACCAUUGAUUUGUAUUGGAUUGUGAGAGAUGGCGGUCUCAUGCUUCUUCUGUCACAACUUCUUCUUACAAAAGAGAGCUUCGAGAGUUGUAAGAUUCAGGUCUUCUGCAUCGCGGAAGAGGAUACAGAUGCAGAGUGCCUCAAGGCUGAUGUGAAGAAGUUCCUAUACGAUCUUCGGAUGCAGGCUGAAGUGAUUGUUAUCACGAUCAAGUCAUGGGAUGUGCAACUGGAGGGUGGAUCUCAACCAGAUGAGUCAAUGGAGGCACUUACUGCCGCUCAGCAACGGGUGUCUGAUUACUUGGCAGAGAUAAAGGCAACAGCAAAGAAAGAAGGGACACCAUUGAUGGCUGAUGGAAAGCCUGUAAUUGUGAAUGAGCAACAAGUAGAGAAGUUUCUUUAUACAACAUUGAAGUUGAAUUCAACGAUAUUAAAGUAUUCUAGAAUGGCUGCAGUUGUGCUCGUAAGCUUACCGCCACCUCCAAUCAGCCACCCAGCUUACUGCUACAUGGAAUACAUGGAUUUGUUGGUCGAUAAUGUGCCCAGACUUUUGAUGGUAAGAGGGUAUCGUAGAGAUGUUGUAACUUUAUUCACAUAGUUUCUGGUGUAGAUGCUCGUUUUGUCCGAGCUUAUAGCAGGUUAGACAAUUCGAAUCAAGCCCAACAUGAUAUUUAAUCCAACACGUGCUCAGUUGGAUUAGGCCACUAAGACAGGCAGUUUUGAGCAGGAAAAGAGGGAACAGUUUGUAGAGAGUGGGGGGUAUUUUGAGUUAUCAAAAAACUGUAAAUGGAGGGGGAGGUCAGUUUUUUUUAACUACUGGAAACCAUCAGAAAGGGGAUACUUCACGGGGACAGAACCAAAAAAAGAAAAGGGGGAGAGAACAAAUA